AUGAAGACGCAGAAGUUCAUUCUCCGAAAACGUGAUCUCUCUGGAAAAAUCUUUGGGCGGAUCCAAGCACCACAGCCAAGAAAUCUGGAACUCACCGCAGUCCGUUUACUUGCUCAUCAUGUUUGUGGACCGACAAGCUGGCAAGACUUACGGACAUACAAAAACGUUGUCUACCCAACUUGUCUCCAAGCAGCACGGGCUCGACGUCUGAUGAAUGGAGAGCAGGAAUGGAAUGAUUUAUUGACUGAAAUUGCUGGUUAUGAAUCUCCAAUUGAAUCCCGUCGGAUGUUUGCAAGUAUACUCCUUCACUGUGCUCCAGCCAAUCCGAAAGAUCUAUGGGACAGUCAUUGGGAAACCUUGGUUAGUAACAAAACGUCUUGGUCGGAUUCUCAAAAGAAAGCUCACGCUCUUCGACACAUCAACUUCCUUCUGCAACGCCAUGGAAUGAAUCUGGAUCAGUUCGAGCUUGAAGGAGAUUACGAAAAGAAGAUUUACCUCUAA